AUGGCUAAUAAUCGUGGUCAAGUAACGUACAAUUACGAAUUGGAGGAUAUUCCUUCAAGCAAAAAUGAAUUAAAGGAAUUAGGUGAUAUGGAAGCGCAACAAAUGAACUUAGAUGAUAGUCUUGACGAUAGAUUUAAUAAAAAAGAUUCCGGGCUGAAUAAAGUGUUAACUGUUUCUUCUGACACUUCUACAAAUAGUCUCGAAGAAGACUAUACUAAUACACUGAAACAAGGCCUGAAAUCUAGACAUGUUCAGUUAAUUGCCCUUGGAGGUUGUAUUGGCACAGGGUUAUUUGUUGGUACAUCUUCAACUUUACAUACUUGUGGUCCUGCAGGUUUAUUUAUUGCAUAUUGUAUAAUAUCUAGUGUAAUUUAUCCUAUUAUGAAUGCUGUAGGGGAGAUGGUCUGCUAUUUGCCUGGUGACGGACAUGAUUCCGCGGGAUCUGUCACGCAUUUAGUUAAAAGAUAUGUUGACGAAUCUCUAGCUUUCGCAACUGGUUGGAAUUAUUUUUAUUGUUAUGUAAUAUUGGUCGCGGCUGAAUGUACUGCUGCAGCAGGAGUGGUAGAAUACUGGACGCUUGCUGUACCGAAAGCAGCAUGGAUCACGAUAUUUCUAGCAAUCAUUUUCCUAUUAAAUAUGUCUUCAGUGAAAUAUUUUGGUGAGACUGAAUUUUGGUUCGCCAGUAUUAAAAUUCUAUGCAUAAUGGGUUUAAUUAUCCUUUCAUUCAUCUUAUUCUGGGGUGGUGGUCCCUCGCACGACAGACUAGGGUUCCGUUAUUGGAAAAAUCCAGGUGCCUUUGCCCAUCAUGUCACUGACGGAUCCUUGGGAAAUUUCCUAGAUAUUUAUAGUGGUAUUAUUAAAGGUGCGUUUGCAUUCAUUUUAGGACCUGAAUUAGUUGCCUUAACUUCCUCUGAAUGUUCCGAUCAAAGAAGAAACAUCGCUAAAGCUUCCAAGAGAUUUAUUUACAGAUUAAUGUUCUUUUACAUUUUAGGUACUUUGGCUAUCGGUGUCAUCGUUGCUUGGAAUGACCCAGUACUAGCUUCUGCCUUGUCCAAUAACACCCCAGGUGCCGGUUCAUCUCCAUUCGUUAUUGGGAUUCAAAAUGCUGGAAUUGAGGUAUUGCCACACAUCAUCAAUGCGUGCAUUUUAACUAGUGCUUGGUCAUCUGGUAAUGCGUUUAUGUUUGCCAGUUCUAGAUCCCUUUUCACAAUGGCACAAAAUGGUACUGCUCCAAAAAUCUUUGGUCGUAUCAACAAAUACGGGGUUCCAUAUAUGGCUGUCAUUCUUUCUACUUUGAUUUCCUGUUUAGCGUACUUGAACGCAUCAUCGUCUGCUGCUAGAGUGUUCACAUGGCUCUCUAACAUCAGCACUAUUUCUGGAUUUUUGGGUUGGAUCUGUGCAUGUAUUGCAUAUUUAAGAUUCCGUAAAGCUAUAUUUUACAACAACCUCUACGACAGAAUGCCAUUCAAAACGUGGGGACAACCUUACUUAAUUCUUUGGUCUUUAACCGUUGUCAGUAUCAUCACCAUAACUAAUGGUUAUCAGACUUUCAUUCCUAAAUUUUGGAAUGUUUCAGACUUCAUUGCUGCAUACAUUACUCUACCUAUUUUUUUGGCUCUAUAUGUCGGUCAUAAAGUUUACAACCACUUCAAGAAUGACUAUCCACUAAUGAAACUUGCUUAUUCUGUAGAAGACAUCGAUGUGAUCACAGGAUUAGACGAGAUCGAAACCAAGACAUGCGAGUUGGAUGAAAACAGAAUAUUACCCACAAAUCGCUGGGAAAGGUUCAUAGACUGGUUACUAUAA